AUUGGAGGAGAGCAGUUCCGGGCAGGUCACAGGGAGGCACGUGCGUCUGUGAGAGAUGCGGCUUCCUGCGUGCCUGUGAUGCGGCACCGUCCUCCGUUCAUGUCCGUACUGCCGGGGACGCCAUGGCUUGUUACUUCAGGAGAGCGAUAGCGGAGCAGGUUUCACAAGCUGUGGGAGUGCCACCAGAAAAAAUACUCCGCCAUGUUCAUGCAAUUCCAGUCCACAGGAGACGCUCAUCAGCUGAUUUUCAGCUUCAUCUGAAGUCUGUGUUGGAUGAUCCUCUGGAAGCAGCGAGAUACCAGGAGAAGACAGAGAAGCUGGCAGACCAGCUGGUUUCAGACUCGAUAAUUAGUGAAAUUGGCUUGGUGCGGGGAGUCUUGACCUUCAAAGUUAACAGACCUUUAUUAGUUAAGAAAGUUAUUCAUAAAGUAAGACAUGAUGGCCCCAGGUAUGGAUUUAGCUCCGAUCUUUUGUCAGACUUCCCAAAAGGUUUGACACUAGUGGAAUACAGCUCACCCAAUAUUGCCAAGAAAUUUCACGUCGGGCAUUUGCGCUCCACAAUAAUAGGAAAUUUUAUAGCAAACCUUAAGGAGGGAAUUGGUAAUAAAGUUCUAAGAGUAAACUACUUGGGCGACUGGGGCCUACAGUUUGGACUUCUGGGUGCUGGCUUUAGCAAGUUUGGCUGUGAAGAGAAGCUCAGAUUGAAUGCUUUACAGCACCUUUUUGAUAUAUAUGUGAAAGUCAAUGCAGCAGCAGAAAAAGAUGAAGAGAUGAAACGGUCAGCCCAGGAAUUCAUGAAACAACUGGAGAGUGGACACCCACAAGCCCUUUCGCUAUGGACACAUUUUAGGAGUUUGAGCAUUGAGGAAUAUGCUAAAGUCUAUAAGCGACUUGGUGUACAAUUUGAUGAAUUUGCUGGAGAGUCAUUUUAUAGAGAAAAAUCGCAAGACGUCUUGAACCUUUUGCGAAUCAAAAACAUUCUUAAGAUUACCAAAGAAGGUACAGGAGUGGUCGACCUGACAGACAAUGGAGACAUGUCAGCUUAUUCAACAGUGAUGCGAAGCGACGGGACAUCUCUGUACAUUACAAGAGACAUAGCUGCUGCAAUUGACAGAAUGGAGAAAUACAACUUUGAUGAAAUGGUGUAUGUGACGGAUAAAAGCCAACAAACCCAUUUUCAGAAUUUGUUCAAAAUUUUGAAGAUGCUCGGAAAAGAUAAAGCAGACCGCUGUCAACAUGUUACAUUUGGGAGAGUACAGGGGAUGCAGACGAGAAGAGGAGAGGUGAUUUUUCUGGAGGAUGUCUUGGAUGAAGCACGGACGAGGAUGCUGCAGAAUAUGACCAAAGCUAAAACAAGUAAAACCACGGAAGACCCAGCUGAUACUGCAGAAAAUAUAGGCGUUGCGGCUGUCAUUAUUCAGGAUUUUAAAGGCCCCCUUCAGGCAGAUUACCGUUUCAGCUGGGAAGAAGCACUGCAAAGCGUUGGAGACACUGGUGUCUUUUUACAGUAUACACAUGCACGAUUGCAAAGCUUGCUUAAUCUUUGGAGUAGCAGAGAGGAAGAAGACUUCAGUGUAUCCUGUCUGCAGGAACCUUCUGUCGUUGCCACAUUACAGCAUCUUCUCCGAUAUGAUGAAGUCCUAUACAAAACUCUGAAGGAGCUUCAACCAAGAUAUUUGGUUGCUUACCUCAUGGGCCUUGGCCAUUUAGCUAAUGUGGCGCAUCACUCUCUCAGUGUUAAAGGAAGCAGCCAAGAAGUUGCACAUGCUCGGCUUCACUUCUUCAAUACUAUAUGCGUAGUUCUGGCAAGCGGAAUGAAAUUACUUGGGAUUACACCUAUUGAUAAAAUGUAACCAAUACCAUCAAGCAUAAUUUUAAUAAAUAAAAAUAAGUACAUACAA